GCAACGCAGCCCGCUGCCUCCCUCUCUAUGGUUUGGACGCCGGCGGAGAGCUCGCAAAGCCUGCCGGGACGGCGGCGUUUCCGGUUGUGGCCGUGGCGGGAGUGUUUUGAAGCUGGGCUCCCGGGCGAAAGCAUGUCUCAGGAGCGCGCGGUCCCGGCGAGCGCGGUCCCGCUGGAGGAGCUGAGUAGCUGGCCGGAGGAGCUGUGCCGCCGGGAGCUGCCGUCCGUCCUGCCGCGGCUCCUCUCCAUGUAUCAACAUUCUGACAAUUGGAUCGAGCAUAUCCAAAUUCUGAAAGUUAUCGUAGAAAUGUUUUUACCUCAUAUGAACCACCUGACACUGGAACAGACUUUCUUUUCCCAAGUGCUGCCAAAGACUGUGAAGUUAUUUGAUGACAUGAUGUAUGAAUUAACCAGUCAAGCCCGAGAACUAUCAAGCCAAAACUUAGAAAUUCAGACCACUCUAAGGAGUAUUUUACAAACAAUGGUGCAGGUCGUAGGAGCUCUUACAGGAUGUGUUCAGCAUGUCUGCGCCACACAGGAACCCAUCAUUCUAGAAAAUAUUCACAGUCUCCCCUCCUCAGUCCUACAUGUAAUCAAAAGCACCUUUGUACAUUGUAAGAAUAGUGAAUCUGUCUAUUCUGGGCGCUUACACAUCGUUUCAGACCUUCUCCAGGCUCUUUUCAAGGAGGCCUAUUCUCUUCAAAAACAGCUAAUGGAACUGCUGGAUAUGGUCUGCGUGGACCCGUUAGUGGAUGAGAAUGAUGACGGUUUGAAUAUGGUGAUGGUCAUUCAUUCAUUGUUGGAUAUCUGCUCUGUUAUUUCCAGUAUGGACCAUGCAUUUCAUGCCAAUACUUGGAAAUUUAUAAUUAAGCAGAGCCUGAAGCACCAGUCGGUUAUAAAGAAUCAGCUGAAACACAAGGGUGUAAUCACUAACUUGUGUGAAGACAUUCUUUUCUCCUUCCGGUCUUGUUUACAGUUAGCCGAGCACAUGACCCAGUCCGAGGCACAGGAUAAUGCUGACUACAGAUUAUUUCAGAAAACACUCAAAUUGUGUCGUUUCUUUGCCAACUCUCUUUUACACUAUACUAAGGAAUUCCUUCCUUUCCUCUCUGAUUCUUGCUGUACGUUGCACCAGCUUUAUCUUCAGAUACACAGUCAGUUUCCUCCAAGCCUGUAUGCUGCCAGGAUUUCUAACGCCCAGCAGGAGGAAAUAGCGGGGGCGUUCCUGGUUACACUGGACCCACUCAUCAGCCAGCUUCUCGCCUUCCCACCUUUCGUGCACGUGGUGUUGGACAGUAAACGAGAGCUGCCCUAUGAACUACAGUUCCCACAAUGCCUACUGCUGGUUGUCAUCAUGGAUAAGCUGCCCUCUCAGCCCGAGGACGUGCAGACUCUGUGGUGCACAGAAAGCCAGGCCUCAGAAGCUCCAGCCAGGGUGUCACUUCUCAAAGCCAUUUUCGACAGUUUUGAGCAGUGUUCCGGGGAACUCUCUCUGCCUGUUCGUUUACAGGAAGUGAAGAGUGGAGGGCAGGCCCAGGCUGCCGUCACCUUGUAUCAGCACGUCUGCGUUCACCUGUGUACAUUUAUUACUUCCUUCCAGCCCUCACUCUUUCCUGAACUGGAUGCUGCUCUGUUGGGUGCUGUGCUGAGAGCUAACAUGAUCACCUCCUUGUUAGCUAUGGACGCGUGGUGCUUCCUUGCUCGAUAUGGGACCGCCGAGCUCUGUGCACACCACGUCACCGUAGUGGCUCAUCUGAUAAAGUCUUGCCCUGGAGAAUGUCACCAGCUCACCAACCUGUCUGUGCUGUUGAGGCGUCUCUUCUUCUUCAUGGCCCCACCCCAACAGAUGGAGUUUAUCCAGAAAUUUCCCCCCAAAGAAGCAGAAAAUCUGCCCCUGUGGCAGUGUAUUUCCUUCCAGGCGCUACCUGCUGAGCUGAGGAGAGAAGCUGCCCAGGAGGUCAGCAGAGUAGGGGCCGCGCAGUGCAGGAGGUGGCUAAGCAGCGGCCGCUCGCUGGCGGAGCUCGACUCUCUGAACACGGUGCUCUCUGCUCUGCUUGCUGUGUGUCAUUCUGCUGGUGACGCUCUGGAUGUGGGACAAGAAGUCGCAGUUGUGGAAGCUGGCAGUCGGCUGUGGGCUUUUCUGAACACUGACCUGGUAACAAGUCAGCCUUGUGUUCAGUGGACACUCAGCCUGUUACUUCCACUGCUGGGAUUGUUCAUUCAGACCCUGGAUCCUCAGCUGAUCUGUCAGGUGGUAACUCUGCAGGCCUCACUCCUUAAGGUAGAGCCUCCUGACCACGUUCGCUUGGCUAUGCUGGAUUUUGUGUCUUCUCUAGGAAAGCUUUUUAUAUCUCAGGAUAUCCAGGACACAAUUCUGCCCAGCCUGUCGUCUGUUUUUGCCUCGCUGCUGGCUGACAGGAACUGGCUCCUGGAACAGCACGCCUUGGAGGCGUUUACUCAGUUUGCUGAGGAUCUAAAAAUGAGGCAGAGAAACGCAGUGACUUUCCUAAGGCCCUGUGGGUAGUGACGGUGGGUCUCCUCACUCAGGCAGCCCUGCAGACGCCCUUUGGGCGGGAGGAUAUUAUAACACGUCCCCUCAAACUCUUGGGCUCAGAGGUGAACACAGACCUGUUCGUUUGGUUCUGUGGAGAAGGUGACCCUGCUGUGAGCUGUCCUCUCAUCACCCUUUGCUGCAGUCGUGUCUUUGGUCACAGAGGCCGUGACAGUAGGACGAUAGCAGUAGAGCUCACAGCACUGCCCGCACAGAGCCCGUGUCACCUAAGGCGCCUGGAAGGAACCGCAAGCUGAGGUCCGCCAGGUGUCGUCUGACACCGAGCGUUGCUUCUAAAAUACGCUUUUGAUGAAGGCAGCCCUUAUAUUAUAACUCACCUGUGCGUCUUGGCAGAGAUGUUGAAAUGUAUUAAAAUUGGUCUUGUUUGUCAAUAUUUUAAUAGGGAACAAAUCAGGAAGCGAUAGUCCCACGGUGUCUCAGCUCUGAAGAAACUAAGAACAAAGUCGUAUCCUUCCUGG